CACCAAAAAAUUGUUGUUUUUUUCUAAAGGCUGAACUCCAAACUCUUCUGUAAACUGUACAUUUACCUUCACGAAUUGCUCUGAAAGAAACCUGCACGCGCGCACCCUGAUCCAGGCGCGCGCCGCCUCUCAGGUUUCUCUCUUCCGCUCUCUCUCGCAGACGGCUCACGCGGAGAAGCAGACGCCCUCAGCGGACAGCAGCUCUCAGACGCUGGACCUCUUCAUUUGUGUGCUCGUUGAAAUGCUCUGAAGCGGAGAAGAGGACGAGAAAUGAGUGCUUGUUGGUGGCAGCUGCCAGGCGCUUCUUAGCCAUCUGUCGAGGCAAGCAUGGAACGAGAGGGCUCAUUUAGGAGGAGCCUCCAGAGCAAACUGCGGCUGGGCACCGGCUCGUCCUCCAGCCUGACCGACCUGUCGCAGCCAAAAGCGUCAGCGGGAGGGGGCGAAAAGGGGGGGAACGUGCUGGUAGACGACUGCAGCCGGGACAAAGGGACCCAGCAGAGGAGGGCCGGUGCCAAUGCAACCUGGAACAGCAUCCACGAUGCCGUGAUCUCCGUUUUCCAAAGGAAGGAGCUGGGAGAAAACGAACUCUACACGCUGAACGAAGGUGUAAGGCAGCUGCUGAAGACUGAGCUGGGCUCCUUUUUUACUGAGUACCUCCAGAACCAGCUCCUCACCAAAGGGAUGGUCAUUUUGAGGGACAAGAUUCACUUCUACGAAGGUCAGAAGUUGUUGGACUCUUUAGCAGAAAUCUGGGACUUCUUCUUCUGUGAUGUUUUGUCCAUGCUGCAGGCCAUCUUCUACCCCGUUCAAGGAAAGGAGCCGUCUGUCCGUCAGCUGGCGCUCCUCCAUUUUCGGAACAUCAUCGCCCUCAACUUGAAACUGGACGAGGCUCUGUCCCGACCCCGAGCAAGAGUUCCUCCCUCCAUCAUUCAAAUGCUGCUAAUACUACAGGGUGUCCAUGAAUCAAAAGGUGUAACAGAGGACUACCUUCGUUUGGAGGCACUUAUCCAAAAAGUCAUCUCUCCAUACCUCGGGACUCAUGGCUUAUUUUCCAGAGAUGGAUCCUCCAAUCUGCACUGCUCUUCCUGCUGGUUAGAAAAGAGCCUGCGGCCCUCUUUUUGUCCCAAAGCAGGAAACUCUCCGACAGUCAAAAACCCGGUGGUCCGUUCUAAGAGCUACAACGUUCCCAUGCUGUCUCCUUUAGUGGAGUAUGACCCCGAUACCUCUACAGGAAGUGCCACAAGCAUUAGACGUCACUCCGUCUGCGAGAUGCCCUCGUGCGUGGAGGAGAGCAGCCCCUUGGCUAAAAUCAUUGCCAGGAAACUCGAUCAAAGCAGCACGCCCAGCCUCGCCAGCCUCUCCCCAGCUUCCACGACGUCUGCUGCUCUCUCAGACACCCAAACCUCUAACCAAGACCUGCAGACCCCCAGCAGUCCAACAGUGCUGCACCUUCUGCAAACGCAGCAUCCCUCCCCAUCCAUCCUUCCCUCCGCAUCCUCAGAGGAUUCUCGAUGCACUGACUCACCAGAGUUUGACUCCCCCUCUUCCUCCAAAUUACUUGCACAAGACACAAGUUCUGGCCCGAGUCCGGCUUCCAGUCCAGAGAUCGCGGUGGAUCACAGCACGGCGUCGCUGGACUCUGAGCAGGAGCACGACGGCAUCUUUCUGGACUUUUCACGGCAUCGCGGUGGAGACUCGAGUCACAGCAGAGACAGCAGCCAACAAAGUGUGUGCUGACACGAGCAGGACCGCUUUCACACUGGAUAUGAGGCAUUUCUCCCACCAUGUGACUCUUUGUUUAAUACAGACAUUACGUCAUGAUAUUAGGAUCAUUUCAAACUUUUAUUUUUCAUACAUCUUUUCACUAAAAACAGAGUUUUAACAAAAGCUUUUCUGCUCCGUUGAGAAUAUUUCAAACUUAAAAAUGUUAAACUCCUUCUACCAGAUGCCUCAAACUGUUGGAAAAUUCUAACUCUAGAUUCUGCUCGGGGUCAGCAGAGCAUCACACCUCCUCCUCUGGAGGACUUAGACACAUAACUACGGGCAGACGACACCAGAAACCUGCCGGCUUCAUGAGUGCAAAUGUUGAAACUUUAACCCUUGUGCUAUCUUAGAUGACGCCACCCUUACAUUGACGUGUUCUCACUACCAUGACAAAGGUGGAGAAAGGUGGAAAGAUUUCAUGAUGUA